AUGGCGGUGCGGUGGGGUGCUGGCGAGGAUUUAUUAACAACGUGCAAUAUGGAUAUUUUCCCUCUGGACACACUAGAUCAGGCAACUGGACUGAACUCUGACACUAUCAACACUCUUCAAAGCUGCUUGGAGCCCUCUAUUCUUUCUAUGUUUGAAGACACGGCAGCAAUAGAGGAUGGAGGACUUGAAGAGGAGACUGAGGCCACACUGCUUUCGGCUCUCACAGAGAUCCUGGACAAUGUGGAUGAUGAGAAUCCAUCCCCAUUUGAUGUACUGCCAGAGUCUGACUUGCUGUCAGGGCAAAAGGGCAGGGAGCACUCCCCGCUGAGAUCGUUUCGUAUGUCAUGUUCCCCUCUGGACAAGGAGACAAUAGGCACACACAAUUCUAUUGGCAAGACCCUACCCAUGGUUCUGCAAAGAAUACAGUCAUUGGACACGAAGGGCCUCAAACAACAACAACUGAUCGAUGCCUUUACAAUUGAGAUGGGCAUUGAAGCUUCUGAUUUGACCAGUCUGCUGGAGCAGUUUGAAGAAACCCAAGCCAAAGAUGAGCAAUGUUUGCCGGAGGUCUCUGGUAGAGCAGUAGCUGUAGGAAACUCUAGCACUGACUUUUCUGCACACAAAAAUCUGGGGCAUAUUAAAACUAGUGAGCUUUCAAGCACAGCGUUAACUCCUCCUGGUACUCCUCCUCAUCCACUGUGGAAACCUCUCGUCCCUAUGGCCCUGCUGGGGAAAAGCAAGAUGACAGAUACUAAGUCGGGUCAAUCAAAAGUGAUUGAAAUAAAGGCUCAGCCUCUGCCCUUGGCUAAAGCGCGUAACAAAAUGACUACUGUAGAUCCUGACAUGGCAUGCAAGGAUCACGAUUACUGUCUUCCCAACAAAGACACUUUAAGCGAAGAGGCUGGAAAGCGUUGGAACGUCAAACAGCACUCCUUAAUAACCAUCAAACCAAUUAAGCAAACGCAGCAGAAUUCCCAAGAACCCACUGUGCAGAUCCAGGUCACGAUUGUAUUCCCCUCCUCAAAAAAGGUGUCGAACACGUCACUCAAGAAGCGGUUCAAGCUCUUCGUCCUCGCGGUCUUCCUCUUGUCUCCCCAGUGGAGAAAGAGGGAUUUUUACAGCCCUUCUUUCAGAGACGCGUAUUAUGCAAAUGUGAAGACUCAUCCUGAACUGAAUAGACGGAAGGAGAAAGCCAUUGAGGAGCGACGUGUGGUUUACGUUGGACGAAUCAGGGGUACAAUGACGCAGAAAGAGCUUAAAGAGCGUUUCUCUUAUUUUGGAGAUAUUGAAGAGUGCACAUUGCAUUUUAGAGACCGUGGGGAUAACUAUGGCUUUGUAACAUACUAUAACACUAACGAUGCCUUCAUGGCCAUUGAGAAUGGAAGUAAGCUGCGUAAGCCAGAUGAAAUGCCAUUUGAUCUGUGUUUUGGAGGAAGGAGACAAUUUUGCAAAACCAGCUAUGCUGAUCUUGAUUCAAAUAAAGAGUCUGAACCAUUACCUGCAAGAAAUAAAUAUCAUGCACUUGACUUUGACACUUUAUUGAAGCAGGCUCAACAGAAUAUGAAGAGGAAGAACAACGAAACAGCGAUGGUUCAAAAAGAUAAGGCUAUAGAGGCCGCACAAAUCGACGGUGAUUCAAGCACCAGUCCGAUCUCCGCGGAGGCUUGCGUCGAGGCCCCAGUCUCGGCCCCAGAAACCAGCCAUGGAGUCGAGCUGUCGGAUCAUAGGAAAUUCAUCAGCGGGGUCGUUGAAGGGUUCUAUGGUCGUCCGUGGACAAUGGAACAAAGAAAAGAACUAUUCAGAAGGCAGCAGAAGUGGGGACUGAACACAUAUUUGUAUGCCCCCAAAGAUGACUGCAAACACAGAAUGUUUUGGCGAGAGCUGUAUUCUGUUGAAGAAGCUGAGCAACUCAUGACACUUAUUGGAGCUGCAAAAGAACAUAACAUAGAUUUUAUCUACGCCAUAUCGCCAGGACUGGAUAUCACCUUCUCCAACCAGAAGGAAGUUUCUGCUCUUAAAAGAAAAUUGGAUCAGGUUACACAUUUUGGCUGCAAGUCUUUUGCCUUACUUUUUGAUGAUAUUGAUCAAAACAUGUGCCCUGCUGACAAGGAAGUUUUUAGUUCAUUUGCUCACGCUCAAGUUUCAAUCACAAAUGAAAUCUACCAAUAUCUGGGAGAGCCAGAGACAUUCCUUUUUUGUCCUACAGAGUACUGCGGAACCUUCUGUUACCCUAAUGUUCCUCAGUCGCCUUACCUCCAUACAGUAGGGGAAAAGUUACUACCCAGCAUAGAUGUACUUUGGACAGGUCCCAAAGUAGUGUCCAAAGACAUCACAGUGGAGUCUAUUGAAGAAGUUUCUAAAAUCCUCAGAAGAGCACCAGUAAUCUGGGAUAACAUUCAUGCAAAUGAUUAUGACCAGAAGAGGUUGUUCCUGGGUCCGUACAAGGGUCGUUCCACAGAACUCAUCCCAAGACUAAAGGGAGUCCUUACUAACCCCAAUUGUGAAUUUGAGUCCAACUUUAUUGCAAUCCACACUCUUGCCACAUGGUACAAAUCAAAUAUGAACGGUGUACGCAAAGAUGUUGUAAUGACUGAUGGCGAAGACAGCACAGUUUCUAUCCAAAUCAAAUUGGAGAAUGAAGGAAGUGAUGAAGAAUUAGAGAUAGACGUGCUUUACAGUCCACAGAUGGCUUUAAAACUGGCUCUUACAGAAUGGCUUGGAGAAUUUCGUGUGCCACAUCAAUAUAAUAGUCGCCAAGUACCCCAGAGUGGCGCGAAAAGUACAACUAUAGACAUAUCUUCAUUGGCGGCUCCAUCCCUAUGCUCAUCUACAUCAGUUACAACGGUCUUCCAAGAGCCAAUCAUGUCUCCAGCGAUCCCCCCUUUGUGUUUGGAUUCACAGAUCCUUCCUAUGACAAAACAGACUGAAGAUGAAGUGGAGGUGGAGACAGAGAAAAAGGAGCCUGAGGAAGAGCCUAUGGAAAUGAAUGAGAAAAUGGCAGAGGACCUGAAGCCAAUGGAUACUGACAAGGAAAGCCUCAAUGAGUCAAAGUCCCCCGAAGAGUCGAUCCAGGAGGAUUCUGGAAGUGAGAUUGCUCCUAUGCAGACAGAUGAACAGCUUAAACAGGAUGUUUUUGUGCCUGGUCCCAAUGAGAAGCCAUUAUUUACUGCAGAGCCUAUAACAAUUGAAGAUCUUGGAUUGUUGGCAGAACUGUUUUACCUUCCAUACGAACAUGGACCCAAAGCCUUGCAAAUGCUGAAAGAGUUCAACUGGCUCCGAGCCAACAGCAGUGUAGUUAGUGUCAAUUGUAAAAGAAAAGAUGAUGACAAGGUGACGGAAUGGAAUACAAGAGCUGAGAAAUUCGAGAAGAUGUGCGGCUCCGUCAUGCAUAUGUUUACCCGCCUAUCAAAUACAGCCAACAGAACUAUCCUCUAUGACCUCUACCCAUACAUCUGGGACGUCAAGAGCAUUAUUUCUAUGGUGAAGUCUUUUGUCCAGUGGUUAGGGUGUCGUAGUCAGUCCUCAGCACAAUUCCUUAAAGGAGAUCAAGAGCCCUGGGCCUUUAGGGGAGGUCUAGCAGGAGAGUUCCAGAGAUUGUUGCCAAUAGAUGGGGCAAAUGAUCUCUUCUACCAGCCUCCACCUUCUCUUCCAACCUCCAAAAUUUAUUCCAUAAGACCAUACUACCCCAAAGAUGAGGCAGAAGUUUAUAAGAUCUGCAAAGAAAUGUAUUUUGAGGGAAUGAAUGAUCCUUUCUCUGAUCAGGAGCCAGACCUCAUUGGUGACAGAUUAGUAGGUGGUCUCCUCACCUUGAGUUCAGACUAUGGAUUUGUGCUAGAAGAUGAUGAAGGUGUCUGCGGAUAUGCACUUGGCACAGUAGAUGUUAAGCCAUUUGUGAAGAAUUGCAAGAUGAGUUGGCUUCCGUUCAUGCAGGAAAAGUACCUCAAACCAGACUGUGAAAAGGACCUGACUGAAGCGGAGAAGAUGAUGUUAAGUUUCCAUGAAGAAGAUGAAGGUCUUCCCGAAUCAUUUCUGUCCAACUUUCCUUCACUUAUCAAAGUUGACAUUCAUGCUAAGGUCACAGACCCCAGUGUAGCUAAAAGCAUGAUGGGAUGUCUAUUAUCCUCUCUGAAGGCAAAUGGGUCUCAUGGAGCUUUUUGCAAAGUUCGCCAGUCUGAUAAAAGAAUGUUGGAGUUUUACAGUAAACUUGGAUGUUUUGAAGUAGCAAACAUGGAUGGCUUUCCCAAGGAUAUCAUCAUUAUGGGCCGCAGUUUAUAA